AUGCCCCGGCCAGUUUUCUAUCUGGUUACACAGAACAUGCCAAGCUCACAACCCCACAGGCCAGUGUCAAUGCACUAUCUUGCUCAAGGUUGCACAUUCCUGCUGGCAGGAUCUUUAGCAGAUGUUCUAGGCAGUAGGAGAGCAUUUCUGUGCGGAUGCUUUUUACAGACUGUUUGCCAUGUGGUUAGUGGGCUUGCCCGGACUGGCAUGCAGUUUAUUACUGUCAGAUUUGUGUCCGGCGUGGCUUACCCAAUGUGUUUCGUUUCUGCAAUGAGCAUUCACAGGGAAAAUCUUCCAGUUGGUAAGCUGCGCAAUUUGGCAUUUUCCUGUACGAGUGCAAGUCAAUAUAUUGGCUCUGGGGUAGGCAUCGUCCUUAGUGGAAUACUCUCAGAGACUGUUGGUUGGCGAUGGGGCUUUCAUUGCGCCGCAAUUUUGAGCCUAUCUGGGUUUCUCCUAUCAUUCUGGAGGAUUCCCCAACAGGCCGAAGAACCAAGAUACAUUCCAUGGACAGAACUGGCUGAAGAUAUCGAUUGGUCUGGAACUCUGCUGGCUGGUUCAUUGAUGGUACUUCUAUUCUCUGCAUUAGCCGUCAUCACAAACAAUGUGCAAAACAUUGGCAGAUCGGGCCUCUUCGUUCCUCUUGCUCUUGGUUGGAUUCUCGUUUUUGCCUUCCUGUUCUGGCAGGAUUGCUGGGAAAGAGACAGCACACAACACAUUCAGAAUUCUCUUUGGACAAACUGCCAUUUUCUUUCCAUUGGUUUGGUUAUCUUCUUCGUCUACGCGUCUUCUCUCUCUACCUCGCAGCUUAUGAUCUUCGUAUUCCAACGAGUACAAGGGCUCUCGGUUCUACAAUCUUCUUGCCGAUAUCUGGCAAUCCCAAUUGCUGCCGCGCUGAGCAGUCUGCUCACUGGACGUUUCUUGGCUCGUGUUAAAGCCAAGCAGAUCCUCGUCAUUGCAAUAGCAGUCUCUAGUCUCUCCCCAAUCUUGAUGGCUACAUUGAGCCCAGCUUGGCCUUACUGGAAAUAUGCAAUGCCCGUCCUCUCAUUAAACUCCGUGGCGCCAAAUACUGUUAUCCCAAUUGCUACAAUGCUGGUCGCCGGGUCUUUUCCUUCAGAAACUCAAGAGUUUGCAAUGGGAGUGCUCUGCACUGUGGCAAUGAUUGGAGCCUCCGUAGGCAUGGCACUGACGGCGCUUAUUUCAAACGAUGUCAGCACACAGCUACUCCAGAAACCUGACCAGAGUACUUCUUUAGAAUCCCCAGAGAUAUGGAUGAGCGGUUAUCGGAUUGCAUUCUGGUUUUUGCUCUCACUGAACUUGGUCGGCUUGGCCGUCACUUUUGGCUGCUUAAGAAAACUUGGAUUCUUGGGUCGAAAAUUGGAUAUAGACCAUUAA